UUUCCGUAGUCUAUAGAGCGGUCAGUAAACAUGCUGCUAAAAAUAAAAGCAUGUCCUUUCUGAAUUCGAAUUAACCAUUUAAUUUAACCAGCCAUUAAUGACUUAAAAUUCAGACUAUACUGUAUUUGUCUUGCUUUUAGCGAUUUCUAUGCCGAAAAACGAGGUGAGUUGACAAUCUCAAAUCAACUUUAGCUAGUUUAAAUUACCGUCUGUAGAGCCGCACAAUGCUUGCAGUGUUGUCGAGAGUUAAAAGAGCUUGCUGGCACUCCUCGGAGAUACUUUCAAGAUGCACUUUUAUACAAGAGGUCCCAAAGGACGAACUGGGCCUUUUCUGUCCUGUAUCAGCGCUUUGGAGGCGUUCAGGAGGUGUCAGAAAUGUCAGUAUCUCCUUAACGCUUUACGCGAAAGUCAAAGGAAACCAAAAGAAGAGAGAGAUGUCUGAAAAGAAGCUGACCCGUCACUUUGUGGACCACCGACGUGUGAAACUGGUAGCAGGAUCGGGCGGUAAAGGUGCCUGCAGCUUUAACAGUGAGCCAAGAAAAGAGUGGGGUGGUCCUGAUGGAGGGAAUGGAGGGGAUGGAGGAAGCAUCGUUAUAAAGGCUGACAGGUUUGUCAAAUCACUGGCACAAGUGCUUCCUGUUUACAAAGGAGAGGAUGGCCAAUCAGGGAGCAGAAAGAAUUGUUAUGGACGGAAUGGCAGCACAACCUACAUUUCUGUACCAUUAGGAACUAUAGUGAAGGAACAGGGUAAAACCAUACUGGACAUUGAUAAGCAUGGUCAGGAGUAUUUGGCUGUAUUUGGAGGGGCUGGAGGGAAGGGGAACCGAUUCUUUUUAUCGAAUGAGAACCGUGCCCCAAUGACUGCAACCCCGGGUGUGACAGGCCAGGAGCGGGUCCUCCAGCUGGAGCUGCACACUAUGGCCCAUGCAGGACUGGUUGGCUUCCCAAAUUCUGGGAAAUCCUCACUGUUGAGAGCUAUCUCCAAUGCCAGGCCUGCUGUGGCUGCUUACCCUUUUACAACACUUAACCCACAUGUAGGAAUUGUCAAGUACAGAGAUCACGAGCAAGUUGCAGUUGCUGACAUCCCAGGGAUCAUUCGAGGAGCCCAUCUAAACCGAGGCUUGGGUAUCUCCUUCCUGCGCCACAUAGAGCGCUGUCGUUUCCUCCUCUUCGUUUUGGAUCUGUCAACAUCGGAGCCCUGGACCCAGCUUCAGCACUUGCGUUAUGAACUGGACAAGUAUGAACCUGGUUUGUCCCAGCGGCCCCAGGUUAUUGUAGCCAAUAAAAUGGACCUACCUGAAGCACGGGAGAAGCUUGGGACUCUGAGGAGCCAUGUCACCCAGAGGGUAAUACCCGUGUCUGCUCUCACUGGACAAAACACAGAGGAACUAAUCCUCCACCUGAGAGAAUUGUACGAUGGCUACCUCCAAGAAGAAGGUAGUGGGGAUGGCAAACCUACAAGGUGGUAGGAAAUAUAUUUAUAUUAAAGCACUGGAUGGGUUGAUUGUAAUUAAAUUGCUUAAUAAACAUAUUUUAUAUAUAAAAAGGAAAA